AUGAACCCAUUUUACAUGUUCGUUAUUUGCAUAGCUGUUAGUUAUGCCAAUACCAGUAUUGAAUUUAACACCACCAAUGCAGCAUGCCAUGAUGUGCCUGACUUCUGCAGCUGCUCUCACGUCUGGGUCACCUGUGACUGCCAAAAUGGUGUAAAAACAACUGGCAACUUAUUAGGCAACAAGAGGUUUAUCAAAAUAAGGAACUGCCAGAAAUUAACAGUUCCUCAUGGGAGUUUCAAGUCUGGACCCCUGGUAGUUAUAUUUCAAGACAUAAAAAAUCUAAGCUUAUCCACUGGCAGCUUUCAAGCUGGUAACAAUGUACGCAUAAACAUCACUAUUUUGAAUUCUACUGUCAUGGUAUUUCCAAGUCAGAUGUUUAGUGUGCCCGAGCCAGGAGGGCGGGUUCCCAAUGACUCAAUUCAGCCCUCAGGUCUUAUAUCAGCGACACCCUCCUUGGUGUUCAGUGUUAUUAAUAGUGAUAUAAAGAGGGUGGCAUCUGGAGCUUUUGCAAAUUUUACACUGCGAGAAGUGUACAUCAUUAGCACAAUCAUUCGACAAAUUGACACGGAGGCCAUCAACAACCAGGUGCUGAAAACCAUCAAUUUCUUCAACAACACAUUUAUAUCCCUGGCCAAACGAGCGGUGGUCCUUCAAAGCUCACUGAGAACCAUAGAGCUGAUACUUGAGAGAAACAAUUUCACAAGUAGUGUCCCACAAUUUCUGGUGGGGACCAUCAAAGGAGAUGUCUACAUGCUCAACAACACCUUUCCCAAGCUAGAGGUCUCACCCUGGCAGCUCAGGGUGGAGGGGGACGUCUUUCUUAAAGGCAAUAAUUUUAGUUUCCUUCCUCGCCAUGGGCUGGAUAUCACUGUCCAGCAUCGCAUCAAUCUUGUGGAAAAUGAGUUCCACCACCUUGGCCCCGAGGCUUUGCUGUACAUCAAGCCAGAAGGAAAGAAAAGUAUCUUUUUUAUGGAGCGUAACUUGAUAUACAACCAAGCGCCCAAGUCUCUUUGUCUUAAUGAGGAAUUUGAACCUAACUCUGUUGUUAUCAAGCAGGUCAGGUUCCAACAAAAGUGUACCUGCAACAUCACUAACCUCCUUGCUCAAGCACUAGACAUUGACAAGCCAACAUUGCAGGACAUAUACAACAAUGAAGUGCAUGAACAAUGGUUUAAGAAUGGAGAGUGCAUGCUCGAACCCCAAGGAGGGAUCAGCCACAUCUCUAUCGAUCAGUUUCUCAUCCACUCCUGCCUCAUACACAACCAGUAUACCCUGGAAAUCCUACUGUCCAUUGCCCUGAUUAUGGCUGUCAUUGCCAUCUUGGUUAUUUUGGGGUGGAGGAGGAUGAAGAACACAGAACCUACUUCCUCCACUGCUGAAUACCAAUCUUACACUGAGCCCCUUCCACCCACUACAGUUCCGGGAUCAUUGUUGGUGGUUCAGCCAGACACACGCACAUACCAAGAGACUGAGAUCCAUGUUCUCUUUGACAAGGCCCAAGAGAUUAAGGAUAAUGAUGGUGAAGAAGUAUAUGAGAAUGAGGAGGCCAAGGACAUCAAAGAAAAGAAGAGGACUCCAUCACCUUCUAUUAGGCAAUCAUGUCCUGUUCUCCCUACCCACCAAAACAACCAAAAACAUUGUGUAAAAUUCAUGCAGUGAGAAGAUUUAACUUGUUCUUAUCAAGGUAUUUUCUCAGCUUCUUUAGUGCAAGUCUAUAGUGAGGAUCCUAUCAUCUUCUACUAGGCAAUUAUGUCAUGUUUUCUAUUGCUGUUCCCCAAAACAAGCCAUGAGCAAUUAAUGAAGUGGCAAUAUUUAACUUGUCUCAAAUAAGGUAUUUCCUCAGAGUCCUUAUUGGAAGCCUAUGAUUAUAAGAACACUUUUGCACUGACUACAAAUUCCCCUAAGACAGGAGACUGCUGAGACAGAAAAAGAAUACUAGCUGAAUGGGAUGCAUUAGAAUUAAGUGUUUGGUGCUAAAUUAAGGUGUGGAUUCCAAAGGUUGAUAUGUGUCUGAAGCUCAAUCAGUCAAUCCAGAGAGCAUCACCACCACUCUAUCACCCUUUGAGCAAGUGUGGAAUUUCAAUUCGUAUAUGUGUGUGAGUGCGUGCGUGCGUAUGUGCAUGUGUGUGUGUGUGUAUUUACCUAUUUGUAGUCUACUGGGCCCGAGCUAAGCUCUAAUAGUCCUGCCUCCAUAUAUACAUUCAUCCAGCCUUUCCUUAAUUUGUUGGACACUGCUUGCCUCCACCACCUCUUCCAUGUGUUAACACUUCUAUGUAGAAAACUAUACUUUUUCAAGUCACUCAAACAGGUUCCUUUAUUAAAUUUCUUUUCCAUGUCCUCUCACCUCCUGCAUUCUUGCAGUUAAGAAGAGAUCAUCUCUAUCCACCUCAUCAAACUUAUUUACCAACUUAUACAGCAUGAUAAGAUCUCCUCUCAGGAGAUGUGUGUGUGUGUGUGUGUGUGUGUGUGUGUGUGUGUGUGUGUGUGUGUAUUUACCAAGUUGUAUUUACCUAGUUGUGAAAUACAGGAAGAGAACUGUACUAGGUUCGUGCUGUCCCGUCUCCAUAACGCUUAUUAUCCAGUUUGGCUUUAAAUUUAUGAAUUGUUUUUACACACACAGUCUCCUCAUCAAGUCUGUUCCAUGUUGUUAUGCUUCUGUAUGGAAAACUGUAUUUCUUGAUGUCUCUCCUACAGUCGCUCUUUUUCAAUUUCUUUACACUGCCUCUUGUCACACUUCUGUCAUGUACCACUAGGUCUUCCCUGGCCAAUUUCUCCAAUCCCUCUUGUAUCCUGUACAAUGCUAUUAGGUCCCCUCUCUCUCUUCUUCUCUCAGUGUUGUUAGUCCCAAUUUCUCCAGUCUUUCUUCAUAAGUAUUUUCUCUCAGAGUUUCCAGUAAUUUAGUCACUGCUCUUUGUAUUCUUUCCAACUUUCUAAUUUCUUUCUUCGAUCUAGGUGACCACACUAAUGCUGCAUAUUCCAGUCUUGGACGUAUCAUCGAUGUUAUUAGUUUCUUCACCAUUUCUUCAUCUAAAUAUGUAAAUGUUGCUUUUAUGUUUCUAAGAAGAUUGUAUGUUUCCCCAGUUAUCUGGUCUAUAUGUUUUCCAAAGGAUAACUUGUCUGUUAUGAUCGCUCCCAGAUCUUUUUCUUCAUAUUUUUCAUGAUUUUUUCAUUACUCAGAGAGUAGUUCCCCGAUAUUCGUCUACUGCUCUUACCAAACUCCAUCAUGCUACACUUCUCUGUAUUGAAUGUCAUUUCCCAUUUGCAUGACCAUUUGCUUAUUUUAUCGAGAUCUUGGCUCAGGGCUACACAGUCUUCUUCAUUAGCCACCCUCCUCAUUAUUUUAGCAUCAUCAGCAAACAUAUUCAUAUAGCUUGUCACCCCUUCUGUCAUGUCAUUAAUAUGACACGACAGAAGGGGUGACAAGCUAUAUGUGUGCGUGUGUGUGUGUGUAAAUGGUGAUGUGGGUUAGUUCACUUGAUGAAUUUUUCUCUUUUGACUCAAGGAUUUUUUUUUCUUACUUAGAUUAACUCAACUUUGCUUGGAAUAAUGAAUAGGGUAAGCAAUCAUAUAAAUAAGUGUGCAAGACAUCUUAAAUGUAAAAACAAUAAAACACAUGUAAUUAUA